GCUUGAUCGCGAGUUCGCGACUCGCAAGUCGCGACUUGUUCGACAGCGUUCGACGUUCGGUCGUAAUUCGAACGAAUGAAAGGAGACAGGAGUAGCGCCGAUCGCUAAGAAUGGCAUUUGUGCGUGAAAUUGUUUUAGUUUUUUGUGUGAACAAGUGAAUUUUUCCCACAAUAUUAACCUCCCGAUAGCAGUCCCGUGUGUGUUCCGAGUUUUUAGUGUAAAAACAUCCCGCUACAGUGCCGCUACAGUGAUGUGACGUGAUAAAAGCGUUGGUGUCUUUUAAUAAUGUUAAGUGACUGGGGUGGUAACUGGUGACCGCGGAUUUUGUUGCUGUUACAAUGGACCGACUUCCCGCUAACGAAGGAAUUUAAAACAUACGGGUGUGACCGGAAUGGAUGAGGGUCUACUAAAUGACCUGCUGGAGUGCUCCGUGUGCCUCGAGCGCCUCGACACUUCCUCCAGGGUGCUGCCUUGCCAGCACACCUUCUGCCUGAAAUGCCUCAAGGUGAUAGUGGAAUCUCACAAGGAGCUACGAUGUCCGGAGUGCCGCGUGCUGGUGGAGACGAAGGUGGAGGAGCUGCCUCCGAACGUGCUCCUCAUGAGGAUCCUCGAGGGCAUGAAGAACUCCGCGCCCAGGAAGAUCAGCACCCAGCGAGCUAGGAGCGGCCUAUCGCAGGCGCACACGCAGCUGCAUUUGCUGCGCGGGGACGGCAAGCAGGCGCCGCCACACGCACGAGCCAUGUAUGACUACAUGUCCAAAGAGUUAGGUGACCUCUCCUUCAAAAAAGGAGAGACGAUCAUCCUGCAGAAGAAGUUGGAUCCAUUCUGGUACCAUGGAGAGUGUUCCGGCCGGUCUGGUGUAUUCCCCAUCACCUAUGUUCAGAUAGUGGUACCUCUGCCGGUGUCCACCGCCCUGUGUAAAGCGCUAUAUGACUUCCGAAUGUCAGCGCCUGACGAAGAGGGGUGCUUGGCGUUUGACAAAGGUGCAAUAAUAUCAGUGCACCGGCGAGUAGACGAGAACUGGGCGGAGGGUCGGCUCGACCAGCGCGUCGGCAUAUUCCCCAUCGCCUUCGUCGAGCUCAACCAGGCGGCGCGACAGCUCAUGAACACAGCACCAUUAAACCGACCAGUCCCUCCUGUACCAGACCACACAAGAGCUGGACAUUCAGAACACAGACAUCAUGCUCAGCAUCCUCACAGAUACCAGCCGAUGUCAAUAUCAACACCGACCACCGGUCAAGGCCAGAGCAACUACCAGAACAUAGCAACGAUGAGCCAGUCUCACCCCAACCCCAACUUCCAAACCCACACAUCGAUAACCAACCCACCCCAAAUGUUACUACCCCAUCCAGUCAAUCAUCUCUCAACCGUAACCCAUUCCAGUUUAUUAACAACGACUGCAGUACCAAGGAAUAUUGUGGAACCGACCCAGAACAAGCAUUCGUUAGAUCUAAUACACUUUUCAAACACACACAACAAAACACAUAUACUUAGUAGUAUAGGAAGUGUGUCACAUAUAGGUGAUAAUUAUGACAGAUUACGAGCAGCUAAAUUUGACAAUUACAAUUCAACACCGGCUUACAAAGUGGAGACGACAUAUCAGAACGUUCGUACACAUGAACACUUUCCUGUGACGUCAGUAAACUUUACCAACAACAGUUCGGACUCCAGUUCCAGUGUCAACACACCUUCGGCUGGUAUCAUAAGUUCUACGACAACUCCAAACACAAGUUCCAACACCAGUACGUGUGAGAGUGCUGAACCGAGCUUACCGAGUUCCCCGGAUAACGCAGAACGAAGUGUGCCACAGACAAAUACACCGAACAACCAAAAUACUCCAAACUCUAUGGAAAUAGAUAAUCCAGAGACUCCAGAAACUCUUAACGCUUCGUUGGGAGCGUUAAAUCUUAACGAAAGUUCCACAGCAACUAAUACAUCUUUGAACGUCAGCCUCCCACCGUCUGAGAGUCCAAAGUUGAAUGCAUCCAGUGGGAGCAGUGCUUCACAGAAUCAAACAGAGAGUCAGGAAAGUUCGAGCAAUACUGAGACUUCUAGACUUGAAGUGCCGAGUUCGUCGAAGAUUGCUCUUCGUUCAAGUGGUCCUGAUUCGAUAUUAACGUUUGGUUUGGGGUUACAAGCUGCACUGUCCCCUUCCCAUAGUAAGGAGGGAAAUUAUAUGGUUAGAGGUCACAGGGAUCACCAUCACAGGGAGAAAAGGCACAGCUUGACGCCAUCUACGCAUUUGCAAGGGAAUCAUACACAAAAUAGGCACUCAGCAGAGAUCCUAGCAACGAGUCUCCUAGACCACGCCACAGAGAGAGAGCGCGACAGACCAGAGAGACGCAGAAGAAGAUCCCGCAGCAACGAGAGACCUUUGCCUUCUGCCUACAUCGCCUUGUACCCGUACAAGCCACAGAAACCGGAUGAACUCGAGCUGAAGAAGGGAGGCAUAUACACGGUGACGGAGCGGUGCAGAGACGGCUGGUACAAAGGCUGCUGCGAGCGCGCGCAGCGCUGCGGCGUGUUCCCCGGAAACUACGUCGCGCCGCUCACCCCCCUGGCGCCCGCGCAGCCCAGGGUCAAACACGACAAGAGCGUAUCCAGCGCUGCAGUCAGCAGCAUCAAGAACACUUCGGCGGUUGCCUCGAGCUGCUCAAGCGCUGGCAGCGCCGCAGUAGCCCCGCCCGAUGCGCCGCCCAGAGCCACCAGCCCAUUGAUCCCUGGUGUACAACAGUUGACAUAUCCGUGGCACGCUCCCGCGCAACCUCAGCAAGGCACUCCGAGAUCUGAAAAAUCAAAAGAAAAAUCCAAAGCAGAGAAGUCAUCCAUAUCAACGGGAGUGAGCCUCAUGAAGCGGUUGGCAGCCAUGAAGAAGUGCAAAUCCCCCCCACCUGCCGGAUACAGUAUGGACAACCCGGUGUUUGAGGAUGGACCGUCCACCUCCCUCGUGCUGCCCAACCACCCACAUCACGUGCGGUCGGGCUCGUGCCCGUCGCAGCUGCUGCGCACGCUGCCCGCGCCCCCCGCCGCCCCGCCCGCGCACGCCCGCGCGCCGCGCCACCACGACCACCGCUCGCACAGCCGGGGCUCCGCUGAGGGCGGCGACUGGGCGGGGCACAGGAAGUCGGCCUCCCUUGAUGUCACAGCGCGCAGGGAGAGACACCACUCACAACCUAUCAAAGAAAAAUUCCGCUGCAUAGUCCCGUACCCACCGAACUCGGAGUACGAGUUGGAGCUCAAAGUGGACGACAUCGUGGUGGUGUGCAAGAAGCGCGGCGACGGCUGGUACAAGGGCACGCUGCAGCGCACCGGACGCACCGGCCUGUUCCCCGCCUCCUUCGUGCAGAGCGUGCCCGACUGACAGUACCUCUGCUACGGCUUCCGGCGGGACUAUCUGUGAGCCGCCCACUGAAUCAUCAACUUCAGAAUAGACUAUUUAUUGAAUAAUCAAGUGAAUAAUCGAUUUUAAUAAACACUAUGCUGUAGACCACACGACUGAAGUAAAAAUGAAAAAUAACAAAGCGCCAUCUAUGAGCCUCAGGCAUAACUGUAUCGCAACAAAUUUUUGUAUGUGUACAAAAAUGGUUUGUUUCGAAGUUUUUUAAGAGCGCCAUCUAUUGUUAGUCUAAAAUAACAAACACGGUUUCCUACUAUGUGUAUAGAUACUGUAAACUGCUCACUGAAUCAUGGACUUGCUGUGGCUUCAGAAUGGACUUUUUAUGAAUAAUCAAGUGAAUAAUCGAUUUUAAUAAAACUGUGCUGUAGACCACACGACUGAAGUAAAGUAAAAAAUAACAAAGCGCCAUCUAUGAGCCUCAGGCAUAACUGCAUCGCAACGAGUUUUUGUGGUUUGUUUCAAUGUUUUCUGAAAGCGCCAUCUAUUGGUAGUGUAUAUUGUUAGUCUAAAAUAACAAACACGGUUUCACACUAUGCCUAUAGAUGGCACGCAUCUGGAUAGCUACGUCUGCUGCGGAUUGCGGCGGGACUAUCUGUGAACCGUCCACUGAACCAUCGACUUGCUGUGGCUUCAGAAUGGACUGUUUAUGAAUAAUCAAGUGAAUAAUCGAUUUUAAUAAAAACUGUGCUGUAGACCACACGACUGAAGUAAAGUAAAAAAUAAUAAAGCGCCAUCUAUGAGCCUCAGGCAUAACUGCAUCGCAACAAGUUUUUAUAGUGUACAAAAAUGGUAUGUUUCAAAGUUUUCUGAAAGCGCCAUCUAUUGGUAGUGUAUAUUGUUAGUCUAAAAUAACAAACACGAUUUCACACUUUGCCUAUAGAUAGCACGCAUCUGGAUGGCACUACGUUUGCUGCGGAUUGCGGCGGGACUAUCUGUGAACUACUGCAUACUUUAAUAUUUUAACUACUGCAUACUUUAAUAAAAUUGACUUCAUAGUGCUUAUUAAAGCACUAUGGGUAUACAGAAUUUUCCUGUUUGCUUAAUUUUAUUACUAGUGCAUACCCUGAUCGACAAACUUAUGCACGCCACUGACCGUAACAUAUUUAAUAUAACAUCGUUGCGAUGAAAUACGUUUAUUAACUUAAUAUAAGCAACCGGUUUUAUACUUGGUCCACAUAAUGUACAGUUAGAUCGUCAUUUCCAAUCUAUAAUCUAGAUAGAAAAUAAUGAUUUCACUAAUAAAUAUAAAAUUAAUGUUUAAAAUAUGAAAUUACCUGGACGAUGGUUGUUAUAUAUCAAUUUUGUACAUUUUUGAACUUUCAUAGUUAUUUCAUUCUAUGUAAUGAAAAGUGCUAAACACUGGACAAUUAAUUAAUAAAUAAAAAAUUUGGAAAAAUUUUAGAAUUUAGUUGUUGUUAGUAAUUGUAAAUUUUAAAAAGUAAAUUAAAUUAUUAAAAAAGUGAAUAUAGCAAAAUUUUACCUUGGUUACGUAUUUGUCUUAAAUUGACGUAAAAAUAUAAUAUCAAGUUGUUUAUUCAAAAAAGUAUAUUCAAAAUUGUGUAAAAUCAUAAUUUCUUGUCUAUUUCUGAUAUUAAAAAAAAACAUUUUUUAUAGAUUUUUUGUAAAUGCAUUGAAAUCGCACAAAAAAUAAAGAUCUCAAAAUACUCAGGUUAAUUUUUUUUUUGUCAACUAUUAUAGGCAAGCGCGUUCCACUUUGGGCCAAAUCUACACUUACCAUCAGGUGAGAUUGUGGUCACGCGCGCCAGGCGCCAGUUUAUUCCAUCUAAAAAAACGUUUAUCACUUACCAUCAACUUGAAAAAUCUGAAAUAAAUCAUAAUUAUAAAUCGGGGAAUGACUUCACAAAAUUUUUGGUCAAAUUCCAAAAAAAAAUAUAUACACACUUCCUCUAUGUAAAUAGUAAUUUAUGUAGCAAUUAUAUUUUUGAAUAGUAGUUUUAAAUACCUUAGAUAUUAAUAUUCCGGUACUAUAAAAACUUUGUCAUUUUCUUAUUUGGAAAUAAGAAAAAAGUUAAUUAUAAUACUGCAUUGUAAUUAAGUUAUGGGACAUAUGUAUGUAUUAAGUGUCCAGACGUUUUGUAUUGUUCUUGACUUAUAGCUGAAGAGAUGGUGAAAUAUUUUGAGGAGGUGCUCGAUAAAAAUUUUAUUUAUUAGCACAGAAAUAUUCAUGUCUUGACAGAUUUUUUUUAAUGCAUACUAUAGAGACAGGUGAGCCGUGAUAGCACAGUGGAUAUGACCUCUGCCUCCGUUAUCGGAGGAUGUUGGUUCGAAUCCGGUUUGCGGAAAAGCAACUCCAAUUUUUCAGUUGAGUACAUUUAAAAAAAAUAAAUAUCACGUGUCUCAAACAAUGAAGGAAAAACAUCGUUAGGAAACCUGCAUACCAGAGAAUUUUCUUUAUUCUGUUCGUAAUUGGUGGGUGAUCACUGAGAAUUUCUUGUUUCUCAAAGCCCAAUUAUCUGAAGCUACAGAUUUGCAGCAGCAUUUUCAGAUUGAAAUAAAUCACACCAACUAAAAGUUCUACAAACAUUUGGGAGCUCAUCUGAGAUAAUUCUUAGAUGAACUCCCGAAGAGUCAUACUAUUAUUACUACAUAUUGAGUAGUAAGCUAGUUUUCAGUAAACUCCGUGAAUUGUAUUCGAUCAAACAUAAAACACAAGCAUCUCCCUAAUAUAUUCCACUAGCUCUUGUUCUACAUAACAAGUUGUUACGCAUAAGAUUACAUAUUUUUCAAUAAAAAAAAUUGCCUUUCCGUUUUACGAGUGUGCAAAAACUAAGGUGAUUUUUAUAUUAGAGUAAUUUUAACUUAUAUAUUAUGCUGGAACAAUUUUGAUGAUUUUAUUUUUAUAGAUACGAUACGCUUAUUAUUUUAGUUUUUUUUUUAAGAUUCGCCUGUGUUCCGAGUUCCUUUGUAAACUUUUUUAACCGAUGUAGAAAUGGAGUGUUUUGAUUAGUCUUGUGUUUUUUAUGUAUUUGUAUAAGUGUUUUUCAGAAAUGUGUUUUUUUACAAUUUUUUUAAUAGUAUUUCGUUUACACCAAAUUUCAGAAUACUUGUCUAUAAAAAGAAUUUCUAGUAAAAGUUCUUUGUCUCAUAAAGUCAUUUUUUUUUUUAAUUUUUUUUUACUAUAACGGAAUACAGGUUAGACAUUUCGUUAAUGUGAUCACUGCCAUAUUAAUUCUUUUAUACUUAAAACAUUUACGCGAGGUUUGAAACAGAAAACUUUUUUCGUUUUAGAAUAUUUUCUUUAAAUAACAAUAACUUACCCGAUUUAGUUGUUUGUUAUGCGCCCGAAAUUAAUAAUAAAAAAAAGAUCUUGUCUCAAAAGAGCUUGAACCCAGAGAUUAAAAAAAUAAUUAAGCGAUUUCAAAUAAUUUAAUUUGAAGGUAUUCUGAGCACUGAGGGAUGAAACGAUUAUUCAUUGUGUUGUUAUUGAAAGAUCAGAAGUUGUUAUUCUUUUGGAGUUGCCUUUCCCUUUGUCCCAAAUCUUUUGGGAUAUGGCGUUCCGUAGAGACAAGGUAUCCAGAGCCAACUAGGGUCAUAAAGUCUGGAGCGAUCUCCAUUUGCUCUAAAUGCCCUAGGAUGAAAUUUGCUCAGAUUGUAUUGAGGAUCGAUAUUUCAUACUUGGAAUAUUAAUGAAUUAUUAAUUUCGGGGUUUAGUGUCGGAUCGAAAGCACAACUCCUAAAGGGGAACCCCCACCGGCCCAGGGAACCCAGGUAUACCCCCGUAUACAAGUAUAUGGUGGAUAAUAUGAUGUAUAAUAUUAUUUUUAACCGACUUCCAAAAAGGAGGAGGUUCUAAGUUCGGCUGUAUGUAUUUUUUUUAUGUAUGUCCAGCGAUAAUUCCGUCAUUUAUGAAUCGAAUUAUCGGCGGUGCCAAGUCAGUGAUGUGUUAAUUAAAGCCGUUUCUGAAAGAAAUUUUGUAAUUUGAACGGCUUGAAUUAAAACAUCACUGGCUUGGCGCCGCCUUCUAACUGAUCAGAAGGUAGCACAUAGGUAAGAUGUUAUUUUUUGCUUUUUAGUUUAGGUUAAUUUUUGAGUUGGAAGUCGGUUAAAUUUUUUUGAAUAAUUUUUUUAAGGUAAUUCAAAUAUUAUCUAUUAUGUGAAGUGAAGAUUAUUUUUUUUUAUUCUCGGCAGCUUAUUAUUGAACUAUGUAUUUCAGUGCAUAUUAAAUAUAAAAAAAAAAAAAAUCAUUUGUAUAUGUAUUUUGUUUUUUUUUAAUAUUUUAUGGGCAUCUAUUUUUCUUCCACAGUCCAACAUUAGGUUUUACAGCUUUUAUUAAUAUUUAAUAUUUACUAAUAGUAAACAAGGAAUUUAUGAGCUACAUUAAUUUGGACAUGAAAUAUUUUCGAAAUUAUUCUAUAUCUGGGUUAUAGAAACAAACUUUUAACGUUUUAGCCUAGACUAUACAUAUUGUUGACAUUGAGACUAUAUUGUCUACAUUGAUACUAUAUUGUCUACAUUGAGACUAUAUUGUCUACAUUGAGAUUAGUCUUUUCGAUCAGACACUAAUGUUAGGCUUAGGUUACACAAUAUGUAGAUAUUAGAUUAUACCUACAAUAAAAAUUAACAUAAUUUGACUGUACUAAGUUAUAGGAGUCAAGUAAAUGUUCUCUUACUUUUAACAUAUGAAAUUAAGUUAAUAAUUAUUAAUUAUUAAUUAUUAUAAAAACGUAGUUUUUAAAAUGUUUUAAAAAAAAUGUUUAGUGAAAUUUUUACUCUAAGACUGUAACCUGUAUAUUAUAUGAAAUUAAUGGUUUUUUUUUUGUCAAAUUUAGUGUAAAAAUCGAUCAACUUUGUAUCAUGUAAAAUUAGGUGGAUAUACAAUUUGUAUGCAUUAUUUCUUAUUAGUGAUAUAAAAAUACAAUUUAGAUUUUUAAGUAUUAUAUAAUAUAAAGGUUUUGUGUUAUUAUUUAUUGUGUGCAAAAUUUUGAGAAUUUUUUGUAAUUUAUUAUACUUUUUAUUAUAUUAUAUAAUUCGCAGUUCGUGCGUGUCUCAGAAACCAAUUCCUUUGAUUCGUUGCCCGAAUUAGUGCAAUUGUUGUAUUUAAUUUUUUUUAUUUUGAAAAAAAAAAAAACGCUCAAAAUUUUUACUACUUCAUAUUUAUCAAUGUCUUAUAUAUUUUUAUUAUUUGUGAUCUUUUUAAUACUGAAUUUGAGUUUUCAGGUACUAUUGUCAAAAAGCACUGAUAUUUUUUUAAUUAAGUAUUUAUUAUUGGAAACUGAUUUUUUUCAAUUAUUAUUAUUUUAAUGUAUUCCUUUGGUGUAUACCCAAAACAACGAAUUUGUAAAACAUAUUUUUAAAAUUAAUUAUUAUUGUCUGACUACCCGCGAUACUCAAAAAUGAAUUUUGGAUAAGUAUUUAAUGAAUGUCAUAGUUUUAAAUUGUAUUAAUGUUAAACAAAUUAAAAAACCGAAAUGAAGUUUUUUAGAAAUAACAUUUUCUCAUAAUGUAAACGGAGAACUUAUUUAAAAAAUUUAGAACAAUUUUUUUGAGUUUUUUCUAUAGUUAUUCAACAAACGUUUCGAAAGUUUAAGAUAUUCCACAAAAAAGCGUCAAUGAAUUUAGAAAAAAUUUAGAGAAUUUUUGGCGUUCUUUCAUGUAUUUUUAACAAUCGUUCGAACAGUUAAGAUUUGUGUAGGUAAAUAUUUUUAACAUUUUUUAUACUAUAAAAGCUAGAAGGUAAACAUUGGCUACAAUUCAUUCUGACGUCACGGUUGUUUAGACAAAUAUUUGUGCCUAAGAAUAAGCGCCUAUAUAACAACUUAUUAUCCCUACUAAUAUUAUAAAUGCGAAAAUAACUCUGUCUGUCUGUCUGUUACCUUUUCACGGCUAAACGGCUGAACUGAUAAAGAUGAAUUUUAGUAUAAUAAUAAAUGGGAACUUGGAGCAAAACAUAGGGUACUUUUUGAACCUGAAAUAAAAAUAGAAGGGAUGAAAUACGUGUUGAAAGUUUGUAUAGAAAGUCCUUCAUUUUAAGAGUUACAGUUUUAAAAAUUUGAUCAAAAAUCAUAAAAAAAAUACGAAAUACAAUGUGAUUCAAGAAUUUUUAAAAUUCUUCCUCUAAAGUAGUGAAAUAGGGGUUGAAAGUUUACAUCGAUUUCCACGCGAACGAAGUCGCGGGCGUCCGCUAGUUAUUAAUAGUAAUAAAUGAUAAAAAAAAUUAUUUGACUCAACAAUCGUGCCCUGAGUGUUUUGCACUAUGCACAUGUGUCUGUGCCAUUAUAAUUUGUUUUUAUAAUAAUAAUAAUCAGUCUGAAUAUGCCCUAAUAUAAAAUCAGCGCCCGUUGUACGUAGCGUCAAAGCAAAUUAAACCUAAUGCCGAUGUCAUUAAAGUCUGAAUUUCUGUACUGCCUAUUUUGAAUUCAUCAUUUUACAUGUGACGAAUAUGCGCUUUAUUAUAAAGACAGUUAGGUCUGUUUUACUUUAAAGUGCUACUUAUCUUGAUUAGUAAAACAAACGCCAGAGCAAAUUGGACCUAAACGCCUGAAUUUUAAAAGUCAAAUUCGGUCACUCUCGUUUUUUAUAAAGAAAAUUAGAUUCAAUUUGCUUUGACAUCAAAUCUUUUACAUUCUAAGAGUAAUUUUAAAAACCAUUGGGAGUCAAGUAGUCGCUAAGUAGAUGAAAAAGAAAUACUCCUUAAUUUAGUUUUUAAUGACGAUUGCGACUCAGCUCUGUAUGUAACUUAAGCUUGUAAAAAUAAGGAAACCAUAUCGGAAUCGGAGAGUUUUAGUUAACUUAUGGAGAGAAAAUAAACAUUUCCUUCAUAUUUU